AUGCCCUACAGCCUGAAAGGCCGGAACGUUUUGGUGACAGGGGGAUCGAGGCAUGUUUCAUCCUCCAAAUUUACACGACCCUAUCUAACUAUUAUGGAGAGGACUUGGAGCUUUGAUCUGUGAAAAAUUCUCUGCAGAAGGAUCAAACGUUGCGGUAAAUUAUGUGAGCAGUGAGACAAGAGCGCAGGAAAUGGUGGAAAAAUGUGAGAGGUGCUUCGGAGUAAAGGCUACAGCCAUCAAAGGGGAUAUAGGAAUAGUAGCGGACUGCAUACGCCUCGUCAAUGAGACUAUAAAAACACUUGGAGGCCUCGAUAUCAUCGUCAACAACGCCGGCUGGACCAAAUUCACAGACUUCAACGAUCUUGAAGCCCUAACUCACGAAGAAUGGUUGAAGUGUUGGCAGGUCAACGUCAUGUCUCAUUUAGUGCUUAUGCAGCAAGCUUCUCCAAUAUUCAAUACAAACGAUGACGGUGGGGUUCUCCUCGUCACUUCUUCAGUCGCGGGGAUCGCACUGGGGGGGAGCAGUAUGGGAUAUGCAGUCACGAAAGCUGCUGGUCUUCAACUUGUGAGAUGUUUAGCGUACACUCAAGGUCCAAAGAUCCGAGUGAAUGCCAUUCUGCCAGGACUCCUCUUGACCGAAUGGGGUUUAAAAUUCAGUGAAGAGCAAUUGCAAAUGAGUAAAGAUCAAGCGGUAUUAAAACAGGAGACCAAUUUAGAAGAUUGCGCCGAUGCCUUCCUCUUCGCCGCCAGAAAUUCAUCUAUGACGGGACGAGAGAUCAUCGUUGGUAUGUUCUGCCAG